AUGUAAACACCCCCUCCUCCACCCUACGGUGGCUAUCCUCAAGGACAAUAUCCUCCACCUCCUCCUCCUGCCUACGGACAAACUCCCUACCCUCAACAACCAGGUUAUUAACAACCACCACCUCCUCCUGCUGGUUACCCUUAUCCUCCAACUCCUGGCUAUCCUCCUCCAGUUGGUGGAUAUCCAUAACAAGGGUACCCUCCUACACCUGGUUAUCCUCCUACUCCUGGUUAUCCCCCUACUCCUGGAUAUCCCCCUGCUGGCUAUCCUCCAGCUGGUUAUCCUCCUCCCUAACCAGGCUAUGUUCCCCCUCCUAAUUAUCCUUAACAAUACCCACCUUAACAAUAUCCUGGUUAAUACCCAGCAACAGCAAUAGUUAUUCCAUAAGGAUAAUAUGGUUAUGCAGGAGGAAAUGUUUAAAUAAAAAUAAGACCUAAUUGCUAUUUAUGUGGAGGCACUGGUUUCUAUAUGAAGAAAUGUAGAAGAAAGCAAUGCAAGGAUUGUUUGUGGGCUAUGGGAGUCUGCUUAAAGUGCAAUGGAACUGGAUGGAAUAAGAAGGGAAAGGUUUGCAAAUGCAAAACGUAUAAAAUAUAUUGAAUCAUUCAAAUAAAAUAUUUGAUUCCAUCUUCAAAAACCUUGCUUCAAUAUUUUGAUGUGAAUUGAAAUAUUUUUAGUCUGCUUCCUUUAAUUCAAAUUUUGAAAAAGCUCCAUUUUUUUAAGCGAUAAGAAUAAAUAUCACUGUUAAUUGGUUAUUCAAUGUUUCUAAUAACUUUUAGGGAUGUUUAUGGCAAGAUCUGCAAAGAGUUCUUGAUUAAUUUUAUUGAGUUUGAACUUAUAUUGUAUUUAAUAAUUAUUU